UGUGUAUACAAGUCAGCUGUCAAAACAAGACAUUCGGAAAACUUUUUUCUGCAGUUUGUUGCCGUGAUUGGUAGAAAAAUGACAUCCAUUCUCGACCAAUAUGAGAAAGCCAGCAAACAGGCUGGAACGACGGUAUUUAUCAACACUCUCCUUGAAAAUGAACGCCCCAUGUUCGCCAAGCAAAAAGUGGCGUACACGCCCCAAUACCCCGUUCAUCACAUGUGCGCUCAGUCGGGCCGUAUAGCAUUAGUUCUCGUUAACAACACUCUGCUGAGAAUAGAUACCCAACUACCUGACAACAUCAAUGAGCUUGAUCUCAACAAAUACCUCAGUACGGGCUACAAAAUCCAGAGGUUAUUUGUUGAUCCAACUGGCUGCCACAUCCUAGUCAGUGCAGUGCACAAAGACAGGGAAAAAGAUCCAGAACGGGAAGAUAACAAUGCAGAAUUUGUCUAUGUUCAUGCCACUUCAGCAAAACCACGCCAGGUCACCAAAACCAAAGGAAACUUUAUCACUGCAGUCGGAUGGUGCAUAUCAAACACUAGUCAAACAACCGGCCCUAUUCUUCUUGGAACCUCCAAGGGCUUCAUCUACGAGACUGAAAUCAAUCAGAGUGGGACAGAAGUUUACUGGAAACAAGUCUUUGAUAUUGGAAGAGGAACAGGUACAAUGAUUACUGGCUUGGAAUAUUUUCGACUGCGUUCAGCAGUAGAGGGCCAGUCCGUCUUUGGAGUUUUGGUAACCACCAUGACGAAACUGUACCAAUUUCAAGGCAAUCUCGUCAAUCGGAUGGAAGAUAGACCUUUACUGCAAUCGAUUUUCAAUGCCUAUCUCAACGUCAAAGAGAAAUUCAUUGAAAUUCCGAGCGAAUUCCCCGUGUCACGACUGCGCCUCUGUUUGGCCAACGACCAGCCGACACAAGUCGCUUGGAUGACGGGCAACGGGGUGCUUUUAGCGCAGUUAUCGGACAAGGACGGCGUGCUGAGCCCGCAGCACCGAAUGAUCCCUUAUCCGCUGCCCGACACGCCGUCUGAACCGUUGGAAAUGGGCAAGAAACGCGGGCAUCACAAAUUCCCACUCGAAGUGGCCCUCACCCCUUUCCAUUUAGCCAUGGUUUUUUACGACCGUCUGCGCAUCAUCUGCACCGUUAAUCAGCAACUGGUUUACGAGGACACUUACGAUCAGAGUUUCGGAGAGCUUCGAGGAUUAACAUGCGAUGGAAGGAAUAAGAAAAAUCAGCAAGGGCCCGUUUUGUGGUCGUUCGCUGACUACGCUCUCUUCCGUUAUACAAUCACUGAUGAAUCUCGCCAUAUUUGGCAGAUGUACAUGGAGCAAAAGCAGUUUGACCUGGCCUUGCAAUUUUGCGGCAACAACAAUGGCCAAAAGUCGCAAGUACUUUUGCAACAGGCUCAUCACCUUCUCAGUAAACACCAAUACGAAAAGGCAGCUAAACUUUACGCCCAGACCGAAGCUUCCUUCGAAGAAGUGGCUCUCAAGUUUAUGGAAAUCAAACAAGAAGAUGCCCUCCAGGCGUUUUUACUUGAGAAAGCGUCCCGACUGAAAGGAGAUCAGCGGAUGCAACUCUCCAUGUUGGUUUUGUGGCUUUUAGAGUUGAUGCUACGCAAAUUAGGCUCUCUCAAAGAUGCUGGGAUCAAGACGGACAGCCCACAGUAUCAGAGCAGUUGGGACACUCUCGAUCGCUUUACCGAACAAAGGCGCAUAAUGGAUUGCAUCAAAUCCAAUCUUGGAGCGGUCUACAGUUUGCUGUCGAGUCACGGAUUGCACGACGUGCUGCUCCACUUGGCAGGCAAGCUGAAAGACAGCCAUCGGAUCAUGGAACAGCAUUUACUCGAUCGCAACUACAAAGAGGCGUUGAACGUCCUGAUGGAAUCUUCCGAUCCUGAAUUGCUUUACAGCGCCUGCCCCGUGUUGCUCCAAGAGCAGCCCAAAGAAACGGUCGACAUGCUAAUCUACAAAGCCCACAAACUGGAACUGACUCGAGUUACUCCGCUUCUGUUUGCCGCCUUAUCCGACGGUGAUGCUCGAUUAGCCAAAGAAAUUAUUCGCUUCGUUGAGCAUUGCGCCUACGAAUUGAAUUGCAAGGAUCGCUCCCUCCACACGCUGCUCUUCUCCUUGUACAUCCGAUACGCUCCGGACAAAACCUUAUCUUACCUCAACGGACAAGGUGAAGAUGUCAAGACGGUUCCGUAUGAUGCUCAGUCAGCAUUGAGAUUAUGUUUGGCGGCCGACACCAGUCAAUUGCAAGCUUGUGUUCUACUUUACCGAAUCAUGGGACUUUACCAGCCGGCCGUGGAAAUGGCCCUCAAAGUGGACGCGGCAUUGGCUCGCCAAACUGCCGAUAUGCCGGAAGACAACGAAGAGCUCCGCAAAAAGCUUUGGCUGCGCAUUGCCAGACACGUGGUCGAAAAAGAGCGCGACAUUCAACGGGCCAUGGCCGUCUUACAGCAGUGCAACUUGCUCAAAAUAGAGGACGUGCUACCUUUCUUCCCCGAUUUUACAACCAUCGAUCUUUUCAAAGAUGCAAUCAGCCAAUCGCUCCAAGAGUACAGUCACCACUUGGACACCCUCAAAGAAGAGAUGGAGGAGGCCACCAAAGCGGCCGACGCUUUGCGUCACGAAAUUCAAGCGUUUCGCCACAAAUCGAUCGUGGUACAGGCGGGAGACCACUGUCAUUUGUGUCGAUCUCCACUUUUGACUCGAUCAGCUUACCUUUUUCCGUGCGGCCAUCGGUUCCACGGGGAUUGUCUUCUGCCUCGGGUCUUAGCGACCAUGAGCCAAAUGCGAAGAGAGCGCGUAGCUGAUCUCCAAAGGGAACUGGCCUCCUUGCCCAAUAACGACGCAGAUUCCGUUUCACUCGCUUCAUCUUCACUUGGCUUACGUGAGCAACUUCUGCAAGAUCUGGACGACAUCUUGGCCGCCGAUUGCAUCCUGUGUGGUGAAGCAGUCAUCAAGCUAAUUGAUGCGCCCUUCACAUCUGAAGAUGAUCUCGAGGCAUUUCACGGAAUUGACUAAUUGAUCGUUUUUUUUUU